AUGAUACCGACACCUGUUUCUAAAAAAAUAAGAAGUCGAUUGAGCCUGUCCGUUCAGAAAAAACCUCACUUUUUAUUUCGGCAAAAUUUAUUACUCGAAAAAAAAGACAAAUGGGAAGCUAAACUAAGGAAAGGGCAUCCUGAGUUUGCUACGCAAUUUGAUAUUUUAAAUAGGCAGGUUACAGGAUUUCGAAAAUAUAAACCCCCUCUCGUGAAAAAAGAGGAAAUAAAAAAAAAUUAUGAUAUAACGAAUUUUCACGAAGUAAAAUCAAAAUUUCGUUUUGAAAUUAACGGGAUAUUUGAAGAUGGCGGAUCUGUUUUUUGUGAUGAGUUGUACAGGACAGCUAAGCGAAUGUUCUUAGUUGGAUGGAUAAAAUGUAGAAAGAGAUUUGUCAUGGGGCAUUUUCAAGGAGAUUCAUAUUCUAUUUCGUACAUGAGGCAUUGGUUUGAUAUAUAUCAUUCAGAGUUUAACAAAAUUAAUAAUUUGAAAAUAUUCGAUGAAAACCAUGGAAUCCCUAAAUUUGAUUACUACAAUAUUACAAUAGUGAAAGAUUAUAGAAGCCCAGCGAAGAAAAAAAUGCACCUCAUUCAGAGCCAAGAAUAUUUAAAAACAAAAGCAUUAUUCAACUUAAAAUGA